AAUGAAAACGACUGGCCUCAAAUUGAGGCUGCCUUUUAAUUCAUGGAUCGCCGCCAUGGAUGACGCUAAGGCACGCGUCCAGGAGGUAGUAGGAGGCCGCUACAUGAAUCGUAAUUUUAGUAGAUCCGCCUCCCUCCGUGCGGCUAAUAACCCCUGGCAAUCCGCCUCCAAUAUCCAACUCCCGUCGAGGCUUCCAACACCUUCUUAUCGUUGCCGAAAGAUCCGCCGGCCUUUCCGAUCUUCGUUUCGCCCCCAGGAAAUUCGCCACACUUUGCCUCGCCAAAAACCGGGUAGCACACACCCUUUUUACAUAGCUAACGAAUCCAUUAAAGCUCUACAAAUGGAAGAAGCUUAUUCCUAUCUUGGCACGCCAAUCGGUUACCAAAAGGAUCUAAUCAAGGAUGACAGCGUCCUAGAUAGAAUAAACCAUCUUGCAACUGCAGUCAGAUUUCUUUGAGGCGCAGCAUUGGUCAAGGCCACUAGGUCUAGGAUGCCUAGCGGUACUCCUACCACUGGCCAAUUGCUGGCGGACUACUAAGACGGUUCAACGACCAACCAGCUCUAGCACCCACCAAACUGUUAUGUCGAUCACUCGUUCGGCGUCCUUCCGAUUACGUAAACUUGUUAAUGCAGAGUGGCACCUUAAUGACGAGAUGUGCCCAAAUAUAACGGCUGAAGUGGAACGAGCAUGGCUCCAAAAUCAGCCACAGUUCCGCCACGAAAUUCAUAAUAAUUGGCAGGAACUGCAGUUCGGAGAGCCGUGGAACCGUUGACCAUUAACAUCCACCAUAUGCCAUUCUCCUUGAAUGAUGGUCAGGGAGUUUGCCAAGUUGGCUGAACAAGGGAGAUCCACGCGGUUUCGAAUCACUUCAUAUAUACAGGCUUUGGUUUGGGCUAUAAAGACUACAGAUUCAUCUAUAGGGCUCGGUUAGGCAUCCACCCGGUCAACGCCGUCAAGUCUCGGUUUAAUGGCAACCCAACCUUCUCGGAAUACCGACGUUGCUAGUUUCAGGUUGAGUCUCUCAGACAUGUCCGGAACAACUGUCGCACAGGCUAUGGUCUGCUCGGUGACACGCACAAUUUCAUCCAGGAUAGGUUGGUCAGGGGCGCUCGCCUCCUUCAAGGAGCGUCGCUUGCGGUCCGAUACCCAACUUAGGCCGGACAUCGUGAUUCACCAUGUGUCCAGGGUGGACAUAAUUGACGUUGUUGUCCCAUUCGAGCGUCCAGUGCCUUGACGAAGUCCUCGAAAAACUGUACAGAUGAGAGUUGGAUAGAGCUCCAAAAAGAAGAAUUUUGGUGCACAUGAGCCCUAGCAAAUGGUAUGACCCCAAAUUUACUAGAAAAGCUGUCAGAACAAAGAAUGCAUCUAUUUCCAUCUGGAGGUGCAUAAGGGCAGAUGGAACAAGAGCGAUAAAGGCCUAUGAUGGGUAUAUGGACAAUAUCCUUCACCAGUAUCCUCAAAGAUGAACUAUUUCCAAUAUUUAAUAGAGAUAACCUGCUUAUGCAAGAUGAUGCUAAAUGCCAUACAUCUGCGUUUAGUCAGAAAAAACAAAAUGUAAGUUCUGGAAGCCCUGAAUUGAAUAUUAUAAAAAAUAUGAGGGCCUAUCUGAAAAACCAACUCUCAAACAAUGUCUUAGAGACAAAAGAAGAUUUAUGGAGGUCAGUAGAGGAGGAGUUUCCUAGAAUACCAAACUGGUACAUUACAAACUUGUAAAAGAGUUUCCACAAGAGACUCAGACUUUGUAUCCGAAAUAAACGAAAAAAUAUAAGAUAUUGAAGAAAAAGAGAGGUGAUUAUUAACGCUAAUAUAGUUUAUACAUCAACAAAAUGUAAAAAUAAAAAUAUUUCUUCUUAAG